AUGAGUAAAAGUUCUAAAGAGUUUAUAAUACAGUCAAAAGAAAAGCCAAAUAAUAAGUUAUUUCACGACUUGAAUUCCCAUACAAUUUCUACAAAUGAUUCAAGAGAUAAUGAUGAUUCUUUAAUGGUGAUCUCUUCAAUUCAUACAAUAUCUAUACCACGUAAAUUAUCAAAAAAAGAUUCAAUUUCAAAAAUAAAUCAUCAAAGUGAUAUUAACUCUUGUAAUUUAGUUAUAAGGAAAGAAAAAGAAGAAUAUCCUUAUAAUAAAUUUAAGAGUAAAGAGUCAGAUAGUCCAGAUAUGAAAGGUAAUAAUAGAGGAAAUAAGAAGAAAAAAUGGCACCAAAAGUUUAAACUUUCUUUUUUGUUCUUUAGUUAUAACAAAAAUACUGAGAAGAACAACACAAAAGUUAAAGAUAAAGAAAAAAUUAAAUCUUUUAGAAACAAUUCAAACAUAAAUCGCGAAAUAAAAACCUUUAAUGAGGUGGAGCAAAAUGGAAAAGGAAAUAGUACUGACAAUAAACUCAAUUGCAGUUAUCCAAUCAAGGAAUUAACUUUAAGUAAGAAUAAGGAAGAUUUUGAAUCCAAUAAUUUAACUUUUCCUGGAGAUUUGGAUAUUGGAACUCAUCAAAUUACUUCUAAUAUUGGUGUUUACUCUUCAUCACCUUCAGUUUUGAAUUCUUCCCUUUCUUAUGUUACUUCUACAAAUUCUACCUCCUAUAUCACUACUUCAACCUCAUAUACAAAUACUCCUUCUGCCUCGUCUUUACAAUCAUCUUCUUCCUCCUCUUCUUCUUCUUCUUCUUCCUCUUCUUUUUCAUCACCAUCUUCAUCUCACUUAUUUUCACCAAAGAUAUCUUUGAUCUCGUCAUAUAUUACUCAGGAGGAGGCAUUGGAAACAGGUAAUUACAAAGAUAAUUUAGGUAAAAGUGAUUUUGGUUUAAGAAGUAUUACUGGUGAUAGAGAAAGUAUAAUAUAUGAUGAAGAUUAUGACUCUUAUUUAGAAAGCACUAUUAAAGAGCCUUUUCUGGAACCACAGAGAGGUGAACAUGUUGGAAAGAAGACUUUGGUUUUGGACUUAGAUGAAACCUUAAUUCAUAGUUCAUUUCAACCAAUCAGAAAUGCUUCUUUUACUAUCAAUAUUGAAAUAGAUGGAGAUUAUUACGAUGUAUAUGUAUUAAAAAGGCCAGGAGUUGAUAAAUUUCUAAAUAUUGUAUCAGCAUUAUUUGAAGUUGUAAUUUUUACUGCUAGUUUAUCCAAGUAUGCUAAUCCACUUCUAGAUCGGCUUGACCCAAUGAAUAAAUGCCCUUAUCGAUUAUUUAGAGAAAACUGUACAGUUGAAGGAAAUUCUUAUAUUAAAGACUUAUCAAAGCUUGGAAGGCCUCUUAAAGAUAUCAUAAUCAUUGAUAAUUCUCCCAUAUCAUAUAUUCUUCAACCUGAAAAUGCCAUCCCAAUUUCAUCAUGGUUUAGUGAUGAAAAUGACACUCAGUUAUUUGACCUCAUUCCUCUUCUAGAAAUUAUUGCUCAAGGACAUCCAACUUUAUCUACUUCCUUUGGAAGUAUAAGUGAUUAUUAUAUCUCUGACAAUAGUAAUAAUAAAGAGCAGACAGAGCUUAUUGAAUUUAGCAGUUCCUCUACUAUUUAUGUGGAAUCUUCAUUCUACCAUCCUAAGGAGCUUUACUAUUAUUGA